CAAAAAAUGAUUAGUGAAAAUGUAUAUAACCACUAAAAUCUUGCAUCUAAACUACAAUGCAAUAUAUGUAGUUCAAACUUCUCUGCUUUAUGAGAGCAGCAAAGUAUCCACAACAUUGAAAUUUACCAGUUCUCUUUUUCACUUCUGUAUCAAUGGGAAAUACAUCCUGCUUCCCCGCCAUCAUUAGUAGUAAUUCAGCAACCAAAGUGCUGAGAUGGGAUGGAGGUUUAAGAGUGUAUCCUAGGCCAGUGAAAGCAGCAGAACUAAUGCUAGAGAAUCCAGGACAUUUUGUUUGUUCUGCUGGCACCCUUCAGGUAGGACACCGCAUUUCUGGGCUCGUAGCCAAUGACGAGUUACAACCUCGGACACUAUAUUUUCUUCUGCCUAUGGAUUUGCUGUACUCAGUAAUAACUACUGACGAGGUUAGCCAUAUGGAUAUCAAGGCACACAAGGCAGCAAAGCAGGGUAAUCUUCACAAUCUGGGAAAGAUUUUCCCCAUUUUUAGUGAGUUCUGCAUGUUUCCUUUGGAGCAAAAGCGGUCAGAAUCAGACAGCAAGGCCAGUAUAACAGAACCAGAUACAUCUAUCAGACUUCUCAGCCAAACAUCAUGGAGACCUGCAUUAGAAACUAUUGUCGAAGCUAGCUAGUACUAUUGCAAAUAGCAGACAUUUUUCUAUUAUUAUUUCCUUUUUACGUUACUUUUUUUGGUGGUCCAGAGUGUUCCAGGCUAGUGCUGCAGAAUUACGACUCAAGUUAGAUAUCACAGCACACAUAAUUAUAUCAUUUCUUGAAAGCCAUCAUUCAAUAUUGCAAAAUAAAUAAAGACAUCAAAUGACAUAACAAAAAUACAAUGUGACAGAUCAUCUAAGCAUCAAAUUACCAAAGAUGCACUAUGUACAAUGUUAUAUCAAUCUUGUUGACUGUGGUUAUAUCAAUUUUGUUGACUGUAAGCUGUUUCACUUCAUACAAUGCAUACAAGCCAAGGGAUCCCCUUCAGCCUCGAAAUGUACUCACCAAUCAGGAUCUAGCAGUAUCACUUUGCACUACAUAUACCAGCACCAUAAAAGUUUUUCUAACUUGGCAGUGAGGUCAUACGUAUUUCAGUAGUUAGACUAUGAAACAUUCCAAAACACGCAGAUAAUACUUGAAAGUUGAAAUGCACCAUAUAUCAGUUGUACUCUUUAUCAGUGCUUCUCCGUGAAAGUUCAGGACCAUAAUAUGUAGAUUGGAAAAACACAUGUUGA